AUGGACGACGCUCUGUCUCGGUCGGAGUAUCCAGCGGCCCUGGGGCGCCUCUCUCCAGGAACUGCGAAUGCCAGGCUUGCAGAGCGAGUGAAGAAGAUUGGGAAGAUCAAUACAGAGAUUGCAGGAUGGCUACAGGAACGCCGGAAGGUUGAGGAAGCAUAUGUCGCAGGUCUGAAGAAGCUUUCAGUUCGUCCAUUGGCAGAAUUGGAGAGGGACUUAGGGAUAUUUGAUGCCCCAUGGAAGAAGAUUGUUGAAUCAGCAUCAGAAAUGGCAAAGUCACAUACCCUAUUGGCCGACCGGAUAGAAAAAGAUGUCGAACAGCCUCUGCGAAACUUUGCUGCAAAUAAUAGGGAGAUGUCAGCAAUGACAACUAUACAAGGGAAUCUAGCUGCUAUGGCCAAGGAUCUGGAAGACGCCCAGGACAAAUCCGACAGACUGAGCAAGAAAGGAGGGAAAGCCAGCGCCCAAAAGGUUGAUGUGGCUCAAACGAGACUGCAAACAGCAACAUCGUCCUGGGAUGCCCAAGCGCCAUUCAUAUUCGAAACUCUCCAGACAUUAGAUGAAAGACGUCUAAACCACCUUCGAGACGUUCUCACACAGUACCAGACUCUCGAAAUGGACAAUGUUAACAGAAGUCAGAAAGUCGUGGAAAAUACUCUGGGACUUUUACUAGAGGUUGAGACGGCACAAGAGAUACAGAACUGGUCGCAGGCUGCGGGAAUGGGUGGAAAGCCCGCCACUGAGAGGAGGGCAACGACAAGACAGUCUUCAAUUGCUGGUAGCACCAGUGCUGGGACCUCCCCUAUGCCUGCUCCGCCGAGACCCGCAUCUACGCAUGCAGACAAUCAGAGUGAACAUUCUGAAAAGCGAGAGCAAGAGUCAAAAUUGAAAAGCCGUUUCGGUACCAUGCUUGGACGACGCCGACAAAGUAUACAUGGUGGGUUCGGGCGUGCUCCUUCACCCAACAAGUCAGGAUUUAUACCAUUUGGUGGAAGAAAUACAGCUAGUCGAGAUGGUCGCCCGAGCCCAUCCCCACGAGCCUCAUCAAAUAAUCUUCGAGAAUCACCAGCACCUGAUAAUAGGCUUUCGUCGCUAGCUGAGUCACCGCCUGCACGUAGCCCUACCUCUCAAACCAAUGGACAUGCCAACAAUGACCCUGACGCGAUAAAUUUCAUUGCAUCUAGUUUUGACGGCCCGUCACCCUCACAUGCACUAAAUGGUACCACUGCGUCGAAUCUCCCAGAUUUGUCGGAUGUUCAGCCUCCACCUGGCCCCCCGCCGUCUCACAUCAAGGCUGCUUCGGAGGCACAGAAAGACGCAGAGGGAUUUUCCGUGCCGGCGCCUAUGAAUGAUCCCAUUUCACAGGCACAGCAGGAUGCGGCUUCAGAAGCAGACCAACCUCAGUUCAAACUCGAUAUCCGGAAAGAUCCCAUCCCAGAGCAGGAUGCUGAUGCCCAGGCAGCCUUGUCCAGUGUUGCCAAUACAUUGAGGUCGUCUACAACCCCAAGCCGUAAGGCUGGCACCGUCAGAGGUCGGCGAGAUGUUCGGAACACCAUUUUUGUGCCAGCAAUGCCCACAACUUUGGACGUAGCAAGCCCGGAGAAUCAAUAUCCUCCUUCACCUGGAAUUGCGCCUGGUAGAGCUGCUGCUCUUGCAGCAUUGUCAUCUGGCGAGCAUGCCGCUGCUGCAAGCGCUUCAGACACAACUUCAAUCCGCUCUGGACAUUCUUUAACAAACCAUGCCUUGGUUAAGCAUGCGGAAUCUCAUGCAGCCGGUCUACAUGCUUCCAUCAUUGAGACUGUGAGUGUAACUUUUGAAGGCGGUGUAGUCAAGACUACCAAAAUAAACGGAGAGAUUGCUCUAGUUCACAACAAAGAGUCUGAUGACUCAACCUUCUCCAGUACCAAUGAGACAAUACGGAUAAACAACUUUCCAAAUAUGGAAGCGAUUGGCCCUAAUCGGACAUUCAUCCAUCCAGUCUCAGAACAAAAGCCUGACGAAUUCAAAAUCGAUUUGUCUCCGCUUUCAUCAAAGGCUUCUGUGGCAUUCACAUAUCGCGUUCAUGUUGAUGAAACAACGAUGGCCACUCAAGGCCCCCUUCUCUUGAAACAAACCUGGAAGCAACAAGGAGAUAAGCUAGGGCUUGUUAUAGAGUACAGCGUUAAUCCAGCCUUCAGCUCAGAUCCUGUAACAUUCCUUAACCUUGUUCUCGUUGGUAUCUACCAAGGUGCCCGAGCUACAGCAUGUCAAACCAAACCAACUGGGACACACCUGAAGGAGAAAUCACUCGUUUACUGGCGCAUGGGCGAUGUCACUCUGGCACACGGCUGGCAUAAAAUCAUCUGCAGGGUGACAGGCACAGAAGGUGCCAUGCCAGAACCUGGACAUGUAGAAGCUCGCUGGGAAAUCAACAACCCGUCAAAUUCACCAAUCGGCAGCGGUAUCAGCAUUUCUAAGUUCGAGGAAGCAAAGGGCAAAGCCAAAGAGGAGAAUGAUGAUCCUUUUGCUGACGCAACAAGCCCGGGUCUACCGCCUACGCCGUUAGGUACUUGGACAGAUAUCGGGAUGCAGAAGAAGCUGGUUAGUGGUAAAUAUGAGGCGCGUUAA